AUGACAGAUGAAGAUAGGUUAUUACCAAUAGCCAAUGUAGGGAGACUUAUGAAGCAAAUCUUACCAUCAAAUGCGAAGAUCUCAAAAGAAGCAAAACAAACAGUUCAAGAGUGUGCAACGGAGUUCAUAAGCUUUGUUACAUGCGAAGCCUCGGACAAGUGCCACAGGGAGAAUCGAAAGACGGUGAAUGGUGACGACAUCUGGUGGGCUCUCAGCACUCUCGGCCUUGAUAACUAUGCUGACGCCGUGGGUAGGCAUCUUCACAAGUACCGUGAAGCCGAGCGAGAAAGAGCUGAGCACAACAAAGGUAGCAAUGAUAGUGGGAACGAGAAAGGACCCAGUACUAGAAGUGAUCUACAGAGUCAGUCGACAAAGUUUAUUAGAGUUGUUGAGAAGGGAAGCAGCUCCACGGCCCGUUGA